AUGGCAGGUGUUGAGCCAGUUGACAAUGAGACCGUUGGGUUCCAGCAAAGUCAUAUUUUGAAAUUGCUUUUCCCUCAAACUAGCUUAGAUGAGGCGGUAUCUCAUCAAGCAUCCAGCUUAUUUGACAUCAACAACUUUAACCAAUUAUUUGUUGCUAGCAAAGGAGAACACAUUAUUAUUGAUAAAGUGUCAAGAUUACAUCAAUUGAUAGAGUACUCAAAUUCAGGUUCUGAUGAUGAUGGAGAUGAAGAUGAAUCCGUCACUGAACUUCUGCCAAAACAUAUGAUUACUUUAAAUGCGAACCUCAAGUUUGUAAAACUAUUAACCAAUAAACUUAUUAUCGCUGCCGAAGACCUUGUGAUAAUAAAAACAAUCAAAGAUCCUAAUGACUUGAAUGAUAUUACAGACUUGAGUCUGAAUAUGCUGAUGGUUAAAAUCGAUGAUGCAGAAGAAAUCGUUGACUUGAAGAUUCAAGAAAGCGAAGACUACGCAAUUAUUGUUGGGUCCAAUCACACCUUAUUCUCGAUAGACUUAAAUUCAGAAUCGCCAGAAGCUACUUUAUUGAAAUUUAAACACAAGGUACUAUCGGUAGAGUUUUCCACGAUAUCUUCAGAUGUUAUUUAUAUCGGGUUUGAUGAUUUUGAUAAAUCACAUAUUGUCAAAUAUAAUUUCAAAACUAGAAAAGCGAUUCAAAAAAUUGAAAAAGAUAUCGAUAUUCCUGGCUCAUUGGAACCAAUAUCAUUACUCGAAUUGAAUGAAUAUGAAUUGCUUGUAUCGUAUGAUUUGAGUGGUAAAGCUAAAGACGGUGAUCGAUUCCAGGAUAUGGCAUUAAGUAGUCCAAGAUAUACUUCUUAUGUCAUCAACUUUAAAGAUGUGAGCAAUGUCACUACUUCUCAAGUGGACGAAGAGUUAUGCUUCAAUUUGGAUGAUGCUGAACGCGACUUCAUGAACUACUCAGUGCGUCUUCGCGAUUGGGAAAUUUGUGGCAAGAAGGAUGAUUUAUUUUUAAUCACUACCAGUGUUGCUUCCUAUAUUUCAAUCUUUAAACACGACCAGAUUGUCGUUCCAAAAGACGAUGCUCUCAAGGCCUCCAUGCCAAUGGAUCCUGUUGAAUUUGAUGACUUGCUGGUUUGUGGGCUAGCUUUAGAUCUUGUGAGCUCCAACACACCAAUCACAAUUCCUAAUGUUGAGGACCCAGUUUUGGGUAAAACUAUGAGUUUGUGGUUGUUUGCCACUAAUGGGAUGUUGGCUAAAUAUGACUUCUUCGAUGUUGAUGCGAUCAAAUCAGGCAAACAGUUUACGAAUAUUGACUAUCAAUUGAAACUAUUGAAGGACCUGAGAAUGAUACAGGAAUCUGGUUCCAGAAUUGAUGCUCCAGUAGUCAGCUCUGCGCUCACUAAGGGCUCUUUGUUGUCUCCUGCUGAUGAAAAGAAUGUAGCACCAAGUGCUUUCGGAAGCGCUAACACAGGCGGUCUAUUUGGCAAAUCCACCGACAAUGGAAUCGCUAAUAAUAGUGGCAGUUUAUUUGGCAAAUCCACCGACAAUGGAAUCGCUAAUAAUAGUGGCAGUUUAUUUGGCAAAUCCGCCGACAAUGGAAUCGCUAAUAAUAGUGGCAGUUUAUUUGGCAAUAAUAGUGGCGGUCUAUUUGUCAAAUCCACCGACAAUGGAAUCGCUAAUAAUAGUGGGAGUUUAUUUGGCAAUAAUACUGGAGGCUUAUUUGGCAAAUCCACCGACAAUGGAAUUUCUAAUGAUGGUGGGAGUUUAUUUGGCAAUAAUACUGGAGGCUUAUUUGGCAAAUCCACCGACAAUGGAAUUUCUAAUGAUGGUGGCAGUUUAUUUGGCGGUAAUACUUUUGGUAAAUCCGAUGUACUUUUGCUUGGUAAUAAGGUUGAAAACCCUUUUGGUUCUAAAUCCAAUAAUACAUCAUCCAUUUUCACCGAUGCGGCUUUCAAAAGUGGCAAAAACGGUUCAAAUGCUUUAGGGUUUGGAGCAGCAGGCUUUGGCUCAAAAGCAAACGAUCACAAUCAAUCCUCUGGUUUUGGAAAAGCAGGUUUCAGCUUCGGAAAUGCAACUGAAGAUAAAAAUAAAAAAGUUGAAUCCUUAGGGUUUGGAACAGCAGGCUUUGGCUCAAAAGCAAACGAUCAAAAUCAAUCCUCUGGUUUUGGAAAAGCAGGUUUCAGCUUCGGAAAUGCGGCUUUGAUCGACCCAAGUAAACCUACCGCCCCACGCUUCUUUCCUGGUAAAUUCAAUACCAAUAAAGAACUGAGCCAUGGUACCAGGAUUGAAGACAAGGUUCUUAGUGUUCCUUCUGCAGAAUCAGCUCCUAUUGAUCAACCUACUUUGCCAAGUAAUGAAAGUGGUGAAGAGAAACCAAAAAUUGAAUUAUCAGAGGUUCAAAGUGAAAAUUUAAAACCAAAGACAAAUCCUGUCACUGAGGACAACGAGAAUAAAGUGGACGCAGAAACAGUAUUGUCCAACUCUGAGGGUGAAUCUGAACCUGAUAAUAUUGUAAAAGACGAGGACGCUGCUAAUUUAAUUGAAAACAUCACAAUCAAUAACGAGACAUCACUGAACCAUGAAGAUACUAAAGUCAUCAGUACGGGUACUUCAGAAAGAGACAUGAAUAAUGCUGACACUAAACUGGCUGAAGAACCUAACAAUGAUACUACAAAGGUCAUUAGUGAUACCCGGGAAGCCUUGCAAAUCACAGACUCUGGUAACUCUAAAACGAAAAAGACUGAGAAGCCUAAGAAAGGUCUUCUCAGUAGUGCAUAUGCCGAUACCGACAAUGAGGAAGAGGAAGAAGGAGAAGAGGAAAAGGAGAAAGAAGAAGAGAGCGAAAAGAACGAAGAGGAAAAGAAAGAGAAUGAAGGGAAAGAGAAUCAGGACCUUGUGGAGGUGGAAAAAGAGUUUGAGAAAGUUGACCUUGGGAAUACAGAUAAAAUGGUUGGAUUUGACGAAGACAAAGGAAAAAAUAGAGUCGAUAAAGAGAUUGUCGUGCAGAAAAAUUAUGUUGUUGCCUCUGUUGAAACGAUGAAACCAGAGGUGGUUGAUAAAGAGGUUGAUUGCACCAAAAAGUUUGUUGAAACUUUCAUCGAUGCACCUGUAAAGGACUACAAAAAUUCCAAUAUCUUAUCUUUUGAAUCGGAUGAGGAAUACUUGAACCAAUUCAAGAUUUCCAAGAGUGCACCAACCCAGUACGAAUUGGACAAGAUUAAAUAUCCAGAUUCGAUGAACAAGAAGUCAGAAAUUAAUCGCCAAUUACAUAAACUCUAUUAUGAUUCUGUUGCUGAGUAUCAAAUCAUUUUGAAAAACGAAGAAUCCCUCAAUGACUUUGUUAAAGACCAUUUAAUGAUCAAACAUGAUGCAAAAAGUCGUUUCACAAGCUUGAAAAAUAUUUACACCUGGAGAUUAUCGGAAGUUCCAAUCAUAACUGAUAUGAUUGACACCAAACAUGCUCGCGAAGCUGGCGACUUAUAUAAUAAGAUGGAUGGUUUGCAUCAACAAGUCAAGAAUUUCAAAUCUGGAGCAUUCAAUGAGUUCCGAUGCAAAUACGAUAAGUUUGUGAAAGAAUAUGAAAUUGUUGAAGUCAACACCAAAUUGUUGAACCCAAAGAACAAUAAUGAGGUCGGAGAAAAUAAAAGACCAAAUAUUAUUGAAAAAAGAACAUUGCCAUUGGAGUUUUCAUUGAUUCAACAAAGAGUCAAAACUAAGUUUAACAAGAUCAUCAAACUUUUCAGCGAACUUGAAAGCAAAAUUCUCAUACUCAAAUCGAAGUACGAAACUUUAUUCAACAAGAAUUUAUCGCCAAAAGCCAAAGUUGCAAUGUUCCUUAAAUUCCAAACCAUUAUCCACAAGAUUGAGAGCUCGAUCAAGCAGCAGAUGCAAGAAGUGGCAGUAUUAUUGAAGGACGUAGGAACCAUCAAACUUUAUCAAGAACAAGAUAUGGGACCUCAAGAUGCAGCAUCGGCAUCGACUUCUUCUUUAUCCUUAGCUAGCGGAGGAAGUAGCAAAAGCCGCGCGAUGGCAGUGGGAAAUGCUAUCAGUGAAUAUGAUGAAAACCAAAAAUCUAUGUCCCAAAAACUCAACAUGAAUAACUUGAAUAGUGCAAUGUCGAAGAAAGAAGAACUUUUCAGUUCUUUUAACCAAUGCUCCCCUGAAAGCUUUACUGUGAGCUACCAAUUAUGA